AUGCAACGCGAAUCUGCAGCCGAACUUCAUUCGCUAGUGGAGAAAUUUGAAGCCAACGUGAAGGUACUGAAGCAACUUGGAGAGAAGACUGAGUUCUGGGACAUCAUCCUCAUCCGAAUGUUGAGUAUCCGCCUGGAUCCAACCACUCGACGAGACUGGGAGGAGCACUCGUCGACGAAGGAUGCCAUUUCGUUCACAGACCUCAUAUCGUUCAUCCAGCGGAGGGUGACUGUUCUCCAAACUAUUCAAAGGAAAGUCGAAGAAGCUCCAGCGUCCACUCAGCAGCUCAAGAAGUUUGCUCAACGUCCGAUUGCCAGUAACGGAGCCAACCAAUAUAACUUCGGACAGAAAUGCAUCUUCUGUUCUGAUCAACAUCCGCUCUAUUUGUGUUCGUCGUUCACCAAACUCGUCUUGGAGGAGAAAGAGAUGGAAGUUCACCGACAUCAGCUCUGCCGUAGCUGCCUUCGCAAAGGUCAUCACGCUCGGGAUUGCUCGUCAUCUAGCUCCUGCCGCAAGUGUAGAGGCCGACAUCAUACGCAGCUCUGCUCCGGGAAAAAUUCAGUCGCUGAGAACUCCAGGACUACCGAAUCUUUCCAAUCCGAGGCACCAAUCGCUUCUACGUCCGGCGAGCAACCAAAGGCAUCCGUAUCAGCUACCAUCCAUGAACCUGUCAGCUACGCGAGCUCCGAACAGUUACAGCACAAUGUACUUUUGGCCACAGCAGUCGUCAAACUGGUCGACGACAAUGGAACUGUUCACCACGCACGAGCACUUCUCGACUCCGGUAGUGAAUGCUGUUUCAUUACCGAGACCUUCGCGCAGCUCGUCAAGGCACAUCGCAAGAACAUCUCUGUUCCGAUUUCGGGGAUCGGUCAAUCGUCGUCGCAUGCACGAUACAAGAUCGUUUCCACCAUUCGCUCGAGAGUCAGUGAUUACUCCACCUCGGCUGAAUUUCUGGUCCUACCCAAAGUCACCAUCGAUCUACGAACUGCCUCUUUCGACACUUCUUCGUGGCAAAUUCCUCCUGGAGUGCACUUAGCCGGCCCAUAUUUUCACGAAUCGAAGCAGAUCGAUAUCGUCAUCGGAGCUGAAAUCUUUUUCGAGCUCUUUAAAGUUCCUGGGCGCAUUCCACUUGGUAACUCUCUUCCGACUUUGGUUAACUCGGUCCUCGGUUGGAUCGUUUCAGGCAAGGUUUCGCACGGCACUCCUACGAAACAUGUAAUCUCCAACGUCGCAUUGGUCGCUGACCAACAUCGGUCCACGAAGCAUUUCUGCUCCACUGAGGAAGACGCUACUCCUUCCUCCUCCGACGAACAAUCAACAUGCAAAGAACAAAUUCGACUUACUCGCUUGCCAACAAAAGACGAUGCCAGUAAUGCACUCGAGAAACCAGAAGAGCGACCGACAACCAUCUGCCCAGUAUUCGCAGAACCAUCCUUCAUCGAACUACACAUGGACAAGUUCUGCGAUCACGAUACAAUACGUCAACCUCCAAUAAUCAUCGUCACAACCUCCUACGUUACGGAAAGAAAGAACAAAGCGGAAACAACCUUACUCAGGCUGAUCCAACAGCAAACGUUCGCAUACCAGUGA